UUAUAGAUUAUUAACAUGUUGAGGUGUUUACGUGCUUUCUCUUGCCUGUUUCUUCCUGCGAAACUUCAAUUAUGGUCUGCUACAAUGGCCAUUCAUGCCUACUAUAGCCCAUGUAGCUCUGACGCCAAUAAAUUUUUUUGCCCUCUCGAUGCUUCCUAUUGAAGUGGCUGAAAUUUGCUUUUAGCUUGCUUCGACCAAAAACUAGAACGAUGAUGAGGCGCCGACAGACUCAGGCUCAUUUUUGUUACUUCUUCGGAAAAUACGUGUGUAUAUGUACACAAAUUGAUGAUAGUAUAAUUAAGAGGAGGAACCAUCUCAUCUCACCAUAAUAAUGAUAUGAAAAUACAAAGAAGAGUAUGGUUGCCCGCCAAAAGGACUCACAAAGGCGGAAGCAAAGGGAGCCGUAUUAGAGAGGGAAUCACGCUCAUGUUAAGAGGUGAUGGCAGUUCGAAAGACCAAAGAAGGACCACUGAGGAUGAUCAUGUGCAUCAUGUGGCAUCAGGUAACCCAUCAUGGGAAAUGGGUAAUUUGCUUGUUUUAUAUGCAAAGAAGCUCUUAAUGACAAAAUAUGUCAAAGUGGUGUUGUACAUCGGGAAUCUGAAAAUCUGAAAUAGAGAAAUAGACGAAAGAGAUCGUACAAAGAUCCUCUGUUUCAUCAUCAAAACACCCUGCACCACUUUCCAUUCAUCACUCCAUCUCUCUACAAUAAAGCUACGACUAGCCAGCGAUUCCCGUGACGCUCCAACCUGCCCUCAGAUGAAUCAUAACCCCUCCUUACCCUAACCUUGCAUCAUCCCUUCAUUCCAAUCCCAAGUCCUUCCCCAUCUCUCUCUCCCCCUCCCUCCCUCUCUCCAGGGAAUAACUUGUUAUGACCUCUGCCACACUCUAGCACCCUACUCACCACUCGUUAUUUCUCUUCAGCUCGUGAUAAAUCAGGCGCAAGGAUUAAGGAGUACGUGUAUAAAAGAGAGGGAUGCAAAGCUCAGGUUCAUUUUUGAGACAGUUAAGUGCGAAGGAGGCCUGGAGAUCAACUUCAAGCAGGUGGAGUGCGAGCAACAACUAUAGCUGUGGUGGGUGUGAGGGAAGCGUGAGUCAAAUGGAAGGAUUUAGUAGUAUGUAUGGGAAUGAAGACAGUGGCAUGACGGUUAGGAAGAGAGUGAUGGUGGUGGUCGAUCCCACUGCACAUUCCAAGCAUGCUAUGAUGUGGGCACUCACCCAUGUAGCCAAUAAGGGUGAUUUGCUCACCCUUCUUCACAUUGUCCCUCCAAACAGGGGAUCUGAUUCUUCUUCUUGUUCAACUUAUCUUGUCAACUAUCUAGGCUCCCUUUGCAAAGAUUGCAAGCCCGAGGUGGAAGUGGAAGCACUUGUAAUUCAAGGGCCAAGGCUGGCCACAGUUUUGAGCCAAGUCAAGAAGCUUGAGGUAUCUGUCUUGGUAUUGGGCCAAAAGAAGCCACCUUCCCUGCUCUUCAACUGCUUAUGUGGAACCAGCAGCAGCAGCACAGAGGAAUUUGUAGAGCAGUGCAUCAACAACGCUGAUUGCCUGGCGAUAGGAGUGAGGAAGCGAAGCCAAGGAACCAAUGGCUACUUUAUCAGCACUAGAUGGCAGAAGAACUUCUGGCUACUGGCUUAAGCUUUACUCACUUGUUAAUUUAGGAUUGUCUCACAAAAGUAAUAAGCGCGAAGAUUAACCUACCAUGUUAAUGUUGCAUCUUUUCGGUUUCGCCCUGUAUCUACUAACCACAUCCCUGUACUAAUGAUAUGUGAUUUGAGGGUACUAUAAUUUAACAUAUCCAUGUCAGUUUAUCUGAGUGUUGAAUGACUAUGGAUUGUUCUGGAUC